CUUUUUUCUGUCCCCUAUCAAUCUAAGAAUCCAGGGCACACACUAAAGUGGCCCAGGGCGGUUACCACGGACUUACGCCAAAGAGCGGAGAUUUAUUAAUCGAAGGAAAACAGGCGGCAAAGCAUUGAAAAUAAUAAAAAGAGCUUACAAGGGGAGGUGGUUAAAAAUAUGUCGGCGUUUGGGGACAGAGGAUAAUAGCGGAAAAGCUAAGUGCGGAAGAGCUUGAGGGAAAGUGUGGCUCCAUGUAUGGCCGCAGAUGGGAGGGAAGAAUAGCUAAGAGAAGCAGGGCUAGCCUGGUGUUGCACAGUUACCAUAACCGAGUCACAUUGAAACCGAAGAAAAACAGUGUAGCUUAAGCAUAUCAUGAAUAUUGGACUGUACUGGAAAUUCACUUGCCAUCUACAAAAACACUCUUGUUGCACAGGUUGGCCACCUAUCUCCACUCUAUAUAAUGCCCCAGUGAUUGCAGCACCUUCGUUGAAAAUGAUGGCAGCCCAGUCGGUUUCUAUAGACAAGAGAGAGCAGCAGAUAAAAGGUGUGGUAAAGAUUGAUACUAACCCUGAGCAGAAAUUCAGUGAAGGGACAUUGGCAGACGGACCCAGUCUAGCACAACCAGAGUCACAGACACCAAUGGACGUAGACAAAGCGUCCAUAUAUCGGCAUCCGUUGUUCCCUCUCCUGGCUCUGCUCUUUGAGAAAUGUGAACAAUCUACACUAAGCUCUGACUGCAUUACCUCGGCAAGCUUUGAUGUGGACAUUGAGAACUUUGUUCGUAAUCAAGAAAAGGAGGGCAAACCUUUCUUCAGCGAAGACCCUGAACUUGACAGUUUGAUGGUUAAAGCUAUCCAGGUGCUGCGGAUCCACUUGCUUGAGUUAGAGAAGGUGAGUGAUCUAUGCAAGGAUUUCUGUAGCCGCUACAUCGCCUGCCUCAAGACAAAGAUGAACAGUGAAACCUUGCUGAGUGGAGAGCCUUGCAGCCCAUAUUCCCCUGUACAAGGUCAGGUCCAGAGCUUCUCACAAGCCAAAUCUCAGAACACCAGUUCCAUCCCAGGGACAGUAAGUCCCCACGGUCAGAUUGUCGUGCCAACUUCCUCCCUACAGCAAGGGAAUGUUACGGUUUCAGCGGUUAACCCUACGCACGUGGUUCCAGGUGGCACAGUAUACCAGCCAGUUACAGUUGUCACUCCUCAAGGUCAAGUGGUAACACAGACUCUUUCUCCAAGGACAAUACAUGUCCAAAACAAUCAGCUCCAGCUGCAGUUUCACCAGGACUUGAAUCUGUUUAAUCAUGAUGACAACUCCACCAAGACCAAGCGUGGUGUUCUACCCAAACAUGCCACCAAUGUCAUGCGCUCCUGGCUCUUUCAGCAUAUUGGGCACCCGUAUCCUACAGAGGAUGAAAAGAAACAGAUUGCAAAUCAAACUAACCUGACACUUUUGCAAGUUAAUAAUUGGUUUAUAAAUGCAAGAAGGCGAAUUCUGCAGCCUAUGCUGGAUGCUAGUUCAUCAGAGACGCCCAAAGCCAAAAAGAAGACUCAGCCAAACCGGCCACUGCAGCGAUUUUGGCCUGAUUCUAUCGCCACAGGGGGAGGAACAGAGCAGCAUGUAACCAUGCCAGAUGGUACAAUGGUGACAAUGAACAUGGAAGGUCUGCAAAGCCUGACGUCAGAUGGCGCAACGCUAGCUGUGCAGCAAGUAAUGAUUGGAGGCCACAGUGAAGAUGAGUCAGUGGACAGCGGUGAAGACAAUGAUGAUGAUGCAGACAUGACUGGAUUGACCCUGGACAACAGUGAUUCAUUGCAGUAGAUCCUGCAUUGCCCUCCUUCACCGAAUCUCCCUUCAAAAACAAACAUACAAAUCACUAUAAAAGAUUAAUGGAAUUAUCUUCAAAUAAAUUAUAGUACUUAACCCUGUUAGGUUUACAUGGAGCACAAUGCGGGAUAUAACAGAAGCGCUUCUACUUUUUUCCUCCGAGCCGCCACCCUGCUGACACCCAUCUGUUUGUGCUCCAUGUGUCUUCAUCAGGAGUUGUUUUUCAGAAACUGUAGUUAUUGUUUGAGUGCACUUCUAAUCAAUUUCGCUUCAAAGGGUUAAAUUAAACAAAACCCAAAGAAAGGAAGUGUUUGAAACACAGAGGCUAGUUUUGUAUGUCUGCUAAUAAAUGUGAACCUCCCCGGCUCCUCCAUUCCUUGUCCUACAUGAUUUCCCUUUCAACACUUCAAAAUAAUAUCUAUAAGAGUUUGUCUUCACUUUUUGCAUGCUUUUAAGUAGGUGUUAACACUCUUACUAAUGACUCCACUGCUCAAAAAAAAAAAAAAGAAUAAGUGAGAAAAAGUUGAUAGGCUUAUUUUUAUAUUCACAAAUAUAAAACAGGUGGGCUUGUCCUUUUUUUUGUCUUCUGCUGUUUUGUAAUGGAUAUUUAUGUACGGAUGAUAAAGGUAGCAACCCUGUUGUUCAGGGUUCUUUGAUGUUUUCUACAAAAAAAAAAAAAACAGUGCUUAAAAUUGCUAUCCUAAUUGGUACACAGAGUAUUCAUAAGGCCUUAUGUGUGUCGUUUCUCUAAGAAUUGUUGCAAAAUGCACAAACGGAAACUGACAGUGUGUAACAUACAUGUUUUUAUUGUUUUACUUGGAACAGUGCAUGCAUCAUAUUUGAAAUUGCACAAUUUAAAACACUAUGCUGUUAUCACAAUUAUCAGGAUCCACAUGUCAACUGUAAAGAAGCAUUGGAAUUUUGCCAUCAUUUAACUUUUUUAUGGUGAUACAUGCUACUGCAGUGAGACUAUGUAGAGUACCUGGACUCUGCCUGGACAUUUGCCUCAAAGCUUUCUAUUUUGGAAUAAAUGAUGCGUAACUUUA